AUGAAAGUUUGUCGCCUCAUCGCCUUUAUCUGUGCCUUAAGGCACGCCCUUGGCGACACGGCCAAGUCCUCGUCCAAUGCCCAGGUUGUCACGUACUGGGGACAGACAGCAGGCCAGAAGAGUCUACAAAGUUAUUGCGCGGAUGACGCCGGUGUUGACAUUAUCCUCCUUGCGUUUUUAAAUACGUUUGGCCAGAAUAUGGAUACACCAUCGGGAAAAAUCGGCUCAUCCUGCCAAAUUACUUCAGGAAAUCCACAAGGCUGUGAAGAGGUAGCUGCUGGUAUUGACUAUUGUCGGUCGAAGGGCGUCAAAGUGAUUUUGUCGCUCGGUGGUGCAUUGGGGGAUUACGGACUAAGUUCACGGGAGGAAGCAGAAACUAUCGGUCAGAAUCUAUGGGAUGCAUUUGGAGGGGUAAAGCAAAGCCGCAUUCCUCGCCCCUUUGGCGAGAGUUUUGUAGAUGGAUGGGAUUUCGAUAUUGAACUUUACGAGGGGACCGAAUAUUAUCGCUACCUCAUCGCCAAGCUACGCUCCAAUUUCGCAACCGAUCCAUGCCAUACAUACUACAUCACAGGUGCCCCUCAAUGCCCUAUACCCGAGCCCUACAUGCAGAAGAUGAUUACCAGCGCCGAUUUUGACUAUCUGUGGGUCCAGUUCUACAACAAUCCUAGCUGCUCCCUUAACACCCAGAUCAACUAUGAUGAAUGGGUCACAAACAUUGCCAACACGCCUUCUACUAAUGCCAAGGUCUUCAUCGGCGUCCCGGCCUCGCCCUUGGCAGCUACAGGCACCGAAUCUGGCUCGCGAUAUUAUCUUGAUCCAAGUGCGCUAGCCACACUGGUACGGCAACACGCGACCAAUCCAGCAUUCGGGGGGUUAUGGCGUGGUCGGCUGGGUAUUCCGACAGUAACGUUCAGAAUAGUUGCACUUACAUUCAGAAUAUUCGCAAGAUAA